AUGAGUGAUUCUGAAGAUGAUGAAAUAUUUGAAAGUCUUAUGGCUUCCCGAGCCAGAAGAUCAAAUGCAGGAUCACGACUAAAACAAUUAAUUGCAUUGGAGGAACAAUCAACUGAAGCACAAAACACUAAUCAAUUUGUAACAGAGGAAGAUGAAAAUGUAAAUUUACUAUUUCAAGAUGACGAGGAUGAUCAAGAAUUCAUAGAUGAAGAGUUGGAUAAUGAAAACUUAUUGGGUAUAGAUGAAGAUGAAGAAGAUGAUGACGAAGACGACGAAAAUGAAACAAAUAUCAAUGGAAGAAAAAGGCGGCAGAGCGAUAUUGAUGAUGACGAUGAGGAAGAGGAUGUGAACAUGGACGAAGUUUUAUCUGAUUCAGACAUAUCAGCAUCUGAUUCAGACGCAAGUGAAGGUGAAAGGGAAUUGCAAAAACAAGAACGAGUCCGAAAGAAACGUAAAAAGACAAUUAUACCUACAAUAAAAAAACUCCCAACUACAAGUCCGAAAAAAGUCAAGAAGUCACCGUUAAUUACAUCAGAUUCGUUAUUAUUGUCAAGUAGAAGGUCAUCAUCGAGAUCGGCUGCUGUGGAGAGUAAACAAGCAUUGGUUGAUAGAUUGAAAGAAAGUGAAAAAAGAAAAGCCAAAUACGUACAUGUCGAAAAGAAAAAAGUUAAAGAACCAACUCAAGAAGAGCGAUUAGUUCAAGCAAUAGAAACUGAAAAGGAAAAUAUAGAAUCUUUAAACAAAUUUAAAGAACAAGAAAUUGUGAAAAAGGAGAGACAACGACAAUCAUUAUUAUCAAAAAGGCUAAAAUUGAAAAACGUCAUACGGAUAAUCAGUAAACAAUCUUAUGUGACUCCGGAUGAGGAAGUAGCUUCAGCAAGGAAAGAAUUUGAGAUAUACAUGAAAAAACGAAGAAGAUUAAGUAAGAGGAAAAAAGGUGCAAGUGGAGAAGAGGAAUCGCCAGCUAUAGCUCCUUUUUCAAUAGAUUACUCAUCACCAUAUCAACAAGCAAUAAUAGCAGAGAGGAAAAAGGUACUAGAUUCUGAAAUUGAUAAAGUGGAAGAAAUGAAUUUGAAUUUGAUGGAAAAAUUGAUAGAGCAUAAUAAUGAAUCAAAUGGCACUGAUAAUAUCGCGAAUGGUACUUCAAAUGGUAUUGCUGAUGAUGUCGAGAAAAAGGUUGAUGAUGUUGUUGAUAUAAAAAAGGCGUCAAUAGAUGGGACUGACCAUUUGGAGACUAAUGUAAGUCGGCAUAUUUCAAAUAAUGACGAAAAUAAUAAAAACAAGAUGGAAGAGGUUGAUAAAGAAGUCGAAGAAGAAAAUGCCAAUGCGGAAUCCAGCAUCGACAAAGCAAAUGUUUCUGAGAAAAAAACUGCUGGUGAGAGUGAAUUGAUGAAUGAUAAUAAUUCAAAAAAUGGAUCAAUUGAUGAAACUCAAAAAAUUUUGGAAGAACAAAACGUGAACUCUAAUGAUAAAAUAAUCAUUAAAUCAGAUGAGGCACUUGAAAAAAAUAGUUCAAUCAAGUCUGUCGACUCUAAAGAUAACGAGUCCAUCGCUGAUAGAUUGAGAAAUGAAGUAAAGCAGGAGGAAGAAAAUACCGGAGAUAAUAAUCAAAAUUCAAGUACUAUCAAAGAGGUAGAUGUGACAGCUUCUGUUGAACCCGAAAUUAAAAGAGUUAAAUUUGCAGACGAUAAAGCGGAGCCACAAUACGUAGAUGCUUCGCCUCAACCUGAAGAAAUAAGUUUGAAAGCUUUACCACAUCCUUCCAAAGAAGUUUUCGAAGGUCCAGUCCAAAAGAUAUGUCGUAAUUUAGUUUCCUUCCUUGAUUUUGAUGAAGAUAAAAAAGAUCUCAGACUUAAUCCUACAAACAUGAAGGCUCUUUUGUUUGGUAAACAAUCUUUGCUACCAGCUAGCAGAAGGUUUAACGAUGUCAAAACAAUCAUUCACAUUGGUAAAGUUGAAAACCCUUACGCUAUAGUACAAAAAGACAAACCUGAUGAUUCGUUUACAUCAGCUUUUGAAUUAAAUGAAGAUGAUCCAAUGUUUGAUGAAUUAAAAAAAUUACCUAGAUUAGGAGUUGCUCAAGAUAUAAUUGAAGAAGAAGAGGAUACAAAAGAAAAUGAAUCAACUGAAAUCAAAAUUAAUACAGAAGCUCCAACAGGACUUUAUUUACCAAAUGGUAAUAAAAAAAUAUGUAUGAUAUCAGGAACUGAAGUUAAAUAUUAUGAUCCAUCAACUGGAAUGCCUUAUAGUUCAGUUGAAACUUAUAAAAUAUUAAAAUUGAUUGAACAAGGUCAAGCUCAAUGGUUGAGUUUAGAUCGAGAUAGCUCAAAUAAUGGUCCAUUUGAUUUGUAUCUAGGAUUCAAAGGUGAAAAUUUCCGAUCUGCUAAGGGUGUACCGGAAGGUUUUGAUGGUUGA